AUGGAUAUAGACUGGUCCACGGGAACCGUCAUUGACCCCGAAGGGGACGUCCUCCUAUCUGUGCCAAGUGCUUUAUCAACUCCUGAUGAUGAAUCCACUUCUUCCUUUCUUGUUUCUUCAAAACAUCUCAAAACAGCAUCUUGUUUUUUCAACGCAAUGCUUUCCAGCCGCUGGGACGAAGGAAGAUCGCUUGCUGCGAAUGGGAAAGUUGAGAUCAAACUGAAGGACACCCACCCUUUUGCCCUCAAAAUUUUCUUAAAUGUGGCCCAUUUGAAGUUCCGCCAACUCCCCAAGAAAUUGACAUGGGAGCAGCUACUCGAGGUCGCUGUGGUCACUGACUAUCUUCACUGCCAUGAGGUGAUGGGGCCAUUUGCCAAAAUGUGGAUGGACGGCCUUUGGCCAUUUCAUGAAGGGCGCUAUUUUGGGAAUCCUCCAGCGGGUUAUGGAUUGGAAGCAAAACUUGCCGGAUCUAUCACGAUUACCUCGGUAUUCCAGGCCACCGACAUACUCAACAACUUGAUCAGGGACGCUAUCGGAGGCGCGAAGAGUGAUUUUGAUACAGAAGAUCUGCCCAUCGCAGCGGCCAUCAAAGAUUUCAUCGAUGAGACUAGAACAGCCUACCUCAGACACAAGAUGCGCAUAAUCGAGGCCCAGGCUUGGCGUCUGAUGAAGGGAAAGACAGCCCAUUGCGACCCUGCGUGUGAUGCCAUGUGCUUUGGUUUACUCUACAAGACAUUGUUGGACAAAAGUAUUUACCUUCAAGUACCUGAAAAACGACCGGCUCUAAGUUCAGAUUCCGACCCCUCCACCUCUAUCGCCCACAUCAAUCUCUACACUAUCGCCGGGGUGGUAAUAGAUUUUUAUCCAACGAAGAUAUGUCCACGCCUGGGAGUUUCUGAGAAGGAAGUUAAGCCCUCGCAGGUGGCGUGCUGCAACAAGUCUGAUACUUUCUGGCCGAAAGACAAGUCAAAGCCCAAGUAUUCACAAAGUUUGUACGGCUGGCUGGCCGGUCUCAAGAUUCCAAAAUUCCUGCCCAGGGGCUUGAAGUGA